AAUCAUAAUGCUAUGAAACCAAACUUCCUGCUAUAUUUUUCACCAACUCAACGGCUUGCAUUCUUACGAUUCCACUCACUUAGAUGGGGAAACGCAUUCCCCUCCAAAAAGCUUCCAAUCGCGAACAAAAAUGGGAUAAAAUUUUCAACGCCUUGGUUAAACUCUCCCAGAAUCUGCAGAACGAGAGGCUGAUUCUUGAAGAACGAAUUAAAUACUUGCACGAAUUCAUUUAUAAGAUGAAAAUGGAGCAGAAAGUUAAUUCUUUCAAAGCAGAAUUAAAUCUCGGUUUCAAGGAAAGGGAAUCCAUCAUUUUUAAGCAUAGAUAUGAGAAUGCUGAGAAUGAGGCAGCUGACUUCAGAGAAUGGUGUGACUAUCUUGUGCACAAGUGUUCAGGGCCUAGUGGUGUAUCGAGCGAUAUUAGCAAUAAAGGUGGAAACUCGCUAAACAAGGUGGCACUUCAAGAUGAGGUGAGGAUGCUGAAAAAAGAACUUGAAAAAUCUAAAGUGGCGAAGAACUCUGAGAUUUCAGCUCUCUUGGCAGAGAAGGAGGUAUUGUGGAAUCAGUAUGAGCAAAUGGAGACCAGCCUCACUGAAAAAUUGAGAAAGGAGCGUGAUGAAGCUAAGAAAGCAAAUGAAAAGGCUCAGAUUCUUGUAAGCAAGGCCGAUGAGUUACAAAUAUCAAAUGAGAAGUUAAAGGCCAGUAUCACUACGAUGGAAUCUGAAUCAAUUAAAAAGAAUGAGGAAAUUGUCAAACUUAGGAAAGAAAUCGAAGCCUUAAAUUCCAGAUCAAGGUCAGCUUCAACGUUACUGCGUCCCUCUAAGGGUGAUGCUGUACCAUCUUCCAUGCGAGGCAAGAAAAGUAGCAUCACUCGUGGAAGCACUGGAAAAGGGAGGAAUGAAUCAGAUUCUUCACAAACCACUAAGAAGACGACUCGUACAAAGCCAGGUGCUCAUAAGUCAACUGGAGGAAAGGCACCUAGGAAGCGGUUGAUGUUUGAUACGCCUAUCUUUUCCACUUAAAGAUCGGCUUAGCAAACACCUGACAUUUAGCAAGUAUGUGUGUUUCUCUGUCACGUAAUCCGUUUCAACAUGACCAGAAUAUUCUACCAUAGUGAAGUCUAGCAAACCUCCUGGAGAACUGAUGGUUAAAUCUCUAACAUAAACUGAACAACUUAUGAAGGACUGAAACUUGAAUGUCGAAGUGAGUGGGAGUUUCGCCUGAGGUACAUUUUGGCGUGUCUUGAAUGCCCGUACGGCCUAUGGUCUCGCCACAUUCAGGCUGUGCGAUUCUCUUACAGAAAAUGAUGUUCGAAUCCAAAGCCUCCUUUCUUUUCUCAUGUCUCACUUGAAGGGAAGUGGUUUGCAGGGAGGUAGUUGUUGUUAAUUCCCAAAUUGAAGAAUUAAUCUUCUCCAAAGUACUUGUAUCUAGCAGCUGUCUGUAUAUAUAUUUUUACUGUGUAAUUACUUAAAUUUUCAUACUACAAUAGUGUCUUCCA